GAAGAGUAAGUAAAUCGAAAUUGAUAAAAUGCUUUCAAAUGAUUUAAAUCUAAAAAAUGCUUGAGAAGGCGCAUAUUGUAUACAAAACAUUAGGGUAGCUCUGAUUAAUAGAUGGCGUUAUAAUUACUUAUGCAGGACAGCACAUGCGCAUAGCGAUGCAAUGGUUUAAUUAUGCCAUAAAUGUACUUUAGCUGCAAAAUGCACUUGGCGCAUGGGGCUUCGAAUUAAAAAGGAUCUACCUUCGUAGCAGUUCAAGACCUUCAAGACACAAUAAACUGCACUGAUUUUAUAAUCGUUAUGUGCCCAGAUAGCGAUGAUGAAGCACUGUCAAUAGACGAUUUUCCGGUUGAGAUAUUUGAGAAUAUAAUAUCCUAUCUGGAUGUAGAAGACCGGAAGGCCGCAUCGCUUGUGAGUGAAAAAUGGUCUCAGUAUACAUUUUCGAAAGCAGCUUUGGGGGAUGUGGUGUUGGAAGUCAAUUGUGCACAACUUUCUGCUCUGGAAUAUUGGAAUGUGCUGAAGAAUAGCUCACGCGGCUAUAGGAACAUUGUAUUGAAGUUUGCAAGCGACGAUGAUGGUCAUUUGAUAAAUGUACUGAACUAUUUUCAAGACAGUUUAGAGUACCUCAGCAUAGAGCAAGAUCCGGAUGCUCGUCUAUUACAUACUGAAGUUUCGUUUGAAUACUUCAUACAUUUACUGAGCAACUUAAUCAAUGUAAAAGAAUUGAGAAUCAAAACCAUACUGGAGAUAGAUGAUUAUCAAUCGUUGGUGCUGCCAAAGCUGGAAAAACUAAAAACGCUUUGCUUAUACAGUCGCUGCUUGGAAAAAGCUUGGAUUGAUUGGAGUAUAGUAGCUCCAAAUGUGUGUAAUCUAGGAAUACCCUUGGAAGAUGGCCAUGAUGACUAUCCACAGCUUUUGAGACGCUAUAGAGCUCAACUGGCUAGUAUUUCUGUGGAUGCACGUUUUCUCGAGCGCAGCCAGCUGGAAUUCUGUCAGGAUCACUAUCCUUGUCUUAGAAAAUUUCGACUUCUCUAUCCAAUUGACAAUUCAUUUGUGAGCAGCGUAGUUGAUAACUUUUUUGUUGAUCUCAAGCGACUUACGGAGAUAAGCCUCUUCAACAAUUCGAUAACAAAAAAUACGAUCAAAAUUCUAGUUGAAAAUUGUACACUGUUAAAGAUCGUAAGUGUGGACGCCAACGAAGUUCCUCAGGACAUGUUUAUGAUGUUAUCAAAACUUCCACUUUUACACCAAUUAAUUUUGCACAAAAUUACCGUUGAGCCAUCGAUGGUUAUAGGUGCAGGUUGUUUUGUGUCCUUGAAUCGUUUAACGUGUUUGUCCAUCCGCAUCAAUACAGCUGAUGCUUUCUUCGAGCAACUUCAUCGUAAAAUGCCCAACUUGACCAUACUAGAAUUGCUUGAUCGAUUCCGUUUUGGUAUAAGCAACUUCAAUCAAACGGAUAUAGUACCAUCCAUAUGCAGACACCUAAAGCACCUGCAUAAACUGGCACUAGUAGACUGGGCCAUAAUUGAUGCAUCAGUUUUCCGAAACUUGAACCAAUUGGAAAACUUGAAGGACUUGACACUUAAAUUUAUAGGCCUAAAUAUGAAUCAUAAAAUUCCGCCUUGCCAACGCGUUACUCGUUUGAUUAUGGAUCUAGAUUCGCUCACACAAACCGAAGUGAUUCCGCCGAUCAAACGCUAUCCGUUUGAAGAGGUUAUUGCUGAGGGAUUUCCAAAUCUGCAAACCGUCGAAAUGCGCAAGCAUCUGCUGUAUAGGAUCGAGGAAUCAGAACGAGUGAUUCAGUUGAUGGGAGUAGAAAUGGACAGAUGCCGAUUCUAUCGAAAGACCCGAUUGAAAAUCUCUGACAAAGAUUAUACUGCAUUAUUGUGAGAAACUUUUUUAAAUGACCAUUUACGAUAUUCUCACCCUUUGAAGUCAUAAGUUCGAAGAUUUUCUUCUAAAUAAAAGCAAGGCUUUCUCUAAUAGUUUUUGUUGGUUUGAGAGAAGCUAAUAAGUUCUAUUAAAUAUCGUAAUUGUCUUCGUACCUUUCCUUGAACGAGAUCAACUGUUCGAGGUUCUCCAAAUAAUUCUCACGUUCUAGGCCGCUUUCGUAAUAACGAGGUAUUUUAGCAAUUUUUAUACGAUUGACCUCCCGAUGCAGACUAUCCAACGUGUCUGCUAAAGUGCCCGAAGAUUGCAAACUGGCCAGGACAG